CUCUCUCUCUCUCUCUCUCUCUCACUUAUCUUCAAUGAAAUUUACUCUUGUCUCAUCUUGUGUUGCCCUUGUAGUCAUGGCACUCUCUGUUGAAGCCGCACCCGGUGGCAAGAAACUUUCCAUUCCUUUGUCUAAAAACGCCGACUACAAACCCAAUGCCAAAAAUGCUCUUGCUAAGGCCACUGCCAAGUUCACCAAGAACAAAAUCAACCCUCUCAAGGACACUCCCGGUGGUCUUGCCUCCACUGAUUCCAACUCGGGUUCUGUUCCUGUCAUUGAUUAUCAAGGUGAUACCGAGUACUAUGGUACUGUCUCCAUUGGUACUCCUGCUCAAAACUUUAAGAUUGACUUUGAUACCGGUUCUUCUGAUUUAUGGAUUGCUUCUACUUUAUGUUCCAGCUGUACUUCUCAUACACGUUACAACCCCAACAAGUCUAGCACCUAUGCCAAGGAUGGUCGCUCUUGGUCCAUCAGUUACGGUGAUGGAUCCACUGCCAGCGGUAUCUUGGGUAAAGAUACUGUCACUUUAGGUGAUCUCAAGAUCAAGGGACAGACAAUUGAAUUAGCCAGCAGAGAAUCCAGCUCUUUCAGUUCCGAUGUCAUUGAUGGUCUUCUCGGUCUUGGUUUCAACACCAUUACGACCGUUAGUGGUAUCAAGACCCCCGUUGACAACUUGAUCAGUCAAGGUUUAAUCAGCUCUCCCGUCUUUGGUGUUUACCUCGGCAAGGCUAGUAAGAACGGUGGUGGCGAGUACCUCUUUGGUGGUUAUGACUCUUCCAAAUUUACCGGCUCCUUAAAGACAGUCCCUGUGGAUAGCUCUGAAGGUUACUGGGGUGUUGAUAUUGAUGGUGUCAAGAUUGGUGGUUCUACCGUAGGUGGUUCCUUCAGUGGUAUCCUUGAUACCGGAACCACUCUUUUGAUCCUUUCCGAAAGCAUUGCUGGUAAGAUUGCUGAUACUUAUGGUGCCUCUGAUAACGGUGACGGUACUUACACCAUUGAUUGUGAUACCUCUAACUUUGAACCCCUCCAAUUUACUUUGAACGGUAACGCCUUUUAUGUCCCCGCCGACUCUCUUGUCUUUGAACAAGACGGUGACUCUUGUAUCGCUUCCUUCUCUUACAGUUCAGGACUUGACCUUGCUAUUUUGGGUGACGUCUUUUUGAAAAAUAACUAUGUCGUCUUUAACCAUGAUGAACCCAGUGUUCAAAUCGCUCCCUCCAUCGACCAAUAAUUUUCUCUCUCUCUCUUUCCCCACACCCCUCUUUUUUUUUUUUUUUUUUUUUUUUUUUUUACCCAAAAAAAUAAUAAUAUUUAGUAAAAAAUAAAACUCCUUCUUUUUUCUCUUA